ACAGUACACCUUAUCUGCUUCCUGCUGUGUUUGCUAAUAAAACAUCUGGUUCCUUUGCUCCACUUCAGUGUUCAUAGAAGACAUGGAGACGAUCCUGAGUGUCCUGGGCUUGGAGUGGAUAGACUUCAGAAGUUUUCUGAUAUUUUUCUGUGUUUUUCUGCUGCUGACAGAUGUUUUGAAGAACAGAGUGCCUAGUAACUUUCCACCAGGGCCGUGGUCUUUUCCUUUUAUUGGAGACCUUCCUCGCAUCAAGGCGUCCAAAAUUCACCUGCAGUUUAAAGAGUUUGCAGGGAAAUACGGGAAAGUUUUCAGUCUUCGUUUGUUUGGUGGAAGAAUUGUCGUCAUUAAUGGCUACAAGCUGCUCAGAGAAACUCUUAUUGAACAAGGAGAAAACUUCAUCGAUCGUCCCAACAUCCCGUUGUUUGUAGAUGUAGCUCAGAACAAAGGUCUUGUAAUAACCAACGGUAAUCCAUGGAAGCAGCAGAGGAGAUUUGCUCUUCACACACUCAGAAACUUUGGUCUGGGAAAGAAAACCCUGGAGCGAUCCAUCCAGCAGGAGUGUCGGUAUCUCACUGAGGCUUUUGCUGAUCUACAAGGUCAGCCAUUUAAUGCCCAAAAACUGAUCAACAACGCCGUCGCCAACAUCAUCUGCUGCUUGGUCUUUGGGAGUCGAUUUGAGUACAACGACAAGCAGUUCGAGAUCAUCCUUCAACACUUUGACGAUUCAUUCUACUUACAAGGAACUGUGUGGGCACAGCUUUACAACACAUUGCCCUGGCUGAUGAAAUGGCUGCCUGGACCUCAUCAGAGGAUUUUCACCAUAUCACAUGAAAUAUUAGGUUUUAUUAAAGUAAGAGUCAAGGAACACAGAGAGAACCUGGACCCUUCAUCACCCAGAGACUACAUCGACUCCUUCCUCAUAGAGAUGGGAGAGAAAGAAGACAAGGAUUCUGGUUUUGAUAUCGACAAUUUGUGUUUUUGCACUCUGGACCUGUUUGCUGCUGGAACUGAAAGCACCACCACCACUUUACACUGGGGGCUGCUGUACAUGAUCUUGAACCCACAAAUACAAGAGCAGGUCCAGGCUGAGAUAGACGCUGUGAUUGGUCCGUCCAGGCAGCCGUCUAUGACUGACAGAGACAACAUGCCUUACACCAACGCUGUCAUCCACGAGAUACAGAGGAUGGGGAACAUUGCCCCGCUCAAUGGGAUCCGGAAGGCUAUCCAGGACACCACAGUGGAUAAAUACACCAUCCCAAAGGGCACCAUCAUCCUUGCUACACUGGACUCAGUUUUACAUGAUGAGUCCAUGUGGGAAACUCCGUACACCUUCAAUCCUCAGCACUUUCUGGAAAAGGACGGCAAAUUCAGGAAGAGAGAAGCAUUUCUUCCCUUCUCUGCAGGUAAACGUGUGUGUCUCGGGGAGCAGCUGGCCAGGAUGGAGUUGUUCCUCUUCUUCACCUCCCUCCUCCAGAGGUUCACAUUUUCAUCUCCUCCAGGAGAGAAGCCCAGUCUGGAGUUCAAACUGGGACUCACUCGUUGUCCCAAACCUUACCGCCUCUGUGCUGCACCACGUUAACCUGCUGCCUGAUUAAAUAAUCGUUUCAUUUAAACUGCAUUUGCCCAAAUAUUAAUGCACUCAUGAAAAUACUUUCAGGUAAUCGAACUACUUAAGAUAUUUCUUACGUUUAUUUUCUGUUUAGCAACACAUUAUUUUUUUUUUUUUUGCAUUAUUAUUUUUUGUCUCGAAGUCCAUCUCUUUUAAAGGUCAGUCUCCAGUAUUUACAGUACUUUGAACAAAUCUACGAUUCACUGGAUGCUGUAUUAUCAACUCUUUUCCUUGCAAUAACUUUCAGGAUAACCAUCAAGUCUCACAAAUGUUUGGCUGGCAUUUUUAAUGGUUUAUGAAUUCAAAAUGCAGAUUUACAAGCACUUGCAGAUGUCUAUGUGUUAUGAAUUAGAUCAGAGGUCUUCAAGUUGGGAGUUGCGACCCCCAGUGGCGUUGAGGAAGUACUACAAGAGGGUGUUGUAAAAUUUCUGAUUGAUUUGACAUAUUCAGUUGUUUGUUUGUUUUUUUAUCCUAAGUUGUCUUUAAAUACACAUGAAUUAAAUAAGCAACAUAUUCAAAAAAGGAUCCAUUGCAUGUUGUGUUUAAGUCAGAAAUACAUUCAUUGACCAGAAAUCAGUUCAUCAUAGUAAAAGUUCUGAAUUUUAUGAAUUUGUUCAUAACAGCUUCAUGGACAGGUUAUCACUUUUGUAAUCAAACCUAAAUAAAUGAAAUAAAAACGUGAUGUAAAGAA